AUGAUUAUAGUGAGAAAAAACUUCAGCGAGCUCUGGAAGCAAUUAAAAGGGGAGAAUCGCAAAGAAACGUUGCAGCACAGUUCACAGUUCAGUAGAUUACCAAGAACUACGAGUCAUGAUGAUUCUGAUGUUAUCAGUGAAAAAUUUCUUGAGAAAAUUUCAGAUUUAAGAUCUUCUGUGGCAAAGGAAACUAAAACAAGAAAGAAGGUUCAGGUAGAACCUGGGAAAAGCGCAUGUGAGGAAGAUGUGGCAAGACUUGAAAAAACGGUUUCAAAAAAAGCUCAAGCAAAUCAAAAUAUUGAAGAUUCAGAUUCAACGGUUGAAAUUGUUUCCUCAGACGAUGAAUGCGAUGAAGCCUCUACUCCUGAAUCAUCCAACUCUCACUCUGUAGUUUCAACUGCUCAUCACUUGCCAUUUGAAGAAUGCAACAUUGGUGAUUAUGUUAUAAUUUCGUAUGAGGGUGAAUUAUACCCUGGAAUUGUCAAAACCCGCACAACUGACGGGUGCGAGGUGAGUGUCAUGGAGAAGUCUGGAUGUCAGUUGGGCUUGCUAAAAGAUGUUAACACUAUCCAGGUACCUACACAGCUUGAUAUCUUUACUACAAAAAAGGUUGUUCAUGUUGCAUGCGGCCAGUCACAUUCAUUGAUACUGCUCAAAUAUGGUGAAGUAUAUUCUGUGGGUGAUAAUAAGCAUGGACAACUUGGUUUACGAAAUAAGCGUCCUGUUACUGAACCAACGAUAAUAGAUUCGUUUGAAGGUUUGCCAGUAAUACUACUUGCAGCUGGUGGAUGGCAUUCAUUUUGUGUCACUAUAUCUGGCAGGGUAUUUUCUUGGGGGAAAAAUGAUCAUGGCCAGCUGGGUGUAGGUGAUUUUGUUGGCCAUGCUUCCCCAAAGUUGAUGAAGUUGUCUACAGAAGAUCCAGUUGCUUAUAUUUCAGCUGGUGAUAACCAUAGUGCAAUUUUAACAAGGAAAGGAGAAAUGCUGACUUUUGGACUUAAUUCCAGUGGACAAUUAGGCCACGGGGACUCUAAUAAUAUAUCUGUUUCAAAACAAGUUGAAGAAUUUAAAGGCAGCAUCGUUACUCAGAUUGCAUGCGGUCAUAAUCACACUGUUGCGUUUGUACCUGGUUGUGGACAGGUUUUUACCUUUGGAAACUGUGAAUAUGGUCAGCUUGGUCUUGGAAAAUUGGUUGAGAAAGUUCUAACUCCUGAAAUUGUUAAAAAAACAUGGUUUCCAUCUCCAUUGAAAGAUGGAAAUAAUGGUGUAAAGAUAUGUUCGGGUGGUAACCAAACAUAUGUAAUGUUCGAUUCUAGAUGCCAUAUGCCAUCAGAUUAUAGAGUUGUGGAUGAUCAAAGCACUAUUGCAACAUUUGAUAAAAUAUUUUGCGAAUCCAAUAAUACGAAGGCAAAAGAUGAUGACCUUUUUCAUGCAAUGAUUGCAUCAUCUAGUUGCUGGAACGGUUCUUUUCCUGACAAAGAUGAAGUUACCAGCAUAGAUUAUCAUGGUAUUAAUCUGGAACAUGCAAAACAAGUAUUCACUCAAAUAAAUGAUUGCAAAAUCAAAAAAGCAUCCAUUGAAUGUUUAUCUCAAAUGAUUAACCAUCUAGUGAAAGAGCCUCCUGAUUUGGACGCUUUGAGACUGUACAUCACUUUGCCCAUGUUUAUCAAUACCAUUGAAAAUAUUGAGUUAGCAAACAAACUUCUUACACUCCUUGUUAACAAGAUUCUUUGCUUGAGUGGCAAUCUAUGGAAAUUACUUAAAAAAUGGUACAGAUCUUCUGAAUUGGCUUUCGUUACCAUUGUUAAAUCAUGCACUAGGAUAAUCUCACAUGCUUGGUCUAUAAAAUCUAAAAUUUCAAUUAGUCCGGAAUGCAUAAAUGGUUAUUUGAAUAUUUUGGAUCAAUUAUACAAACUGAAUGAACUACAUGCUAUGUCCAGUUAUAAAGUUUUCUAUCUUUCUCUGAUACUUGAUGAAAAGCUAUUUUUGGAUUUGUUCUUACAGUGGAAACUGGGAUUUGUUUCAUUAUUGUUUAUAGAGUACCCAUUCAUUGUUGAUGCAAAAGUAAAAGCAAAGCUUCUAAUUAUGGAUGCGGAUUUUCGAAAAAAAGCUGCACAAGUGCAAAGUGUAAUGGAAGUAGCUACAAGUUUCCGGUUGGGUAGCAGCAAACCACCAAAAAUCAAGAUUUCAGUGGCUAGGACAUCGCUUGUGUCAGAUUCUGUUAAGCAAUUUGCAAAUAUUGAUGAUUUGCAACGUCCAUUACAUGUCCAAUUUAAAGGUGAAGAUGGCAUAGAUGAUGGGGCAUUAAGUAAAGAAUAUUUCUUUUACAUUAUACCUGAAUUAAUUACUGGCUAUGGAUUGUUUACAGAAAAAGAAGUCUCCAAUUUUGUGUGGUUUUCUGGUAACUAUGACGAUCACAAAGAGCCUCUAUAUAACCUUGCCGGAAAGCUGUGUGGUCUAGCUUUGUUCAACAGUACAGUUGUUAAUGUGAAUUUUCCACUUGUAUUGUAUAAAAAAUUGUUGGGAAUCGAGCCAGUCUUCGAAGAUUUAAAAGAGUUGGAUCCAGUAUUUGGAAAUAGUUUACAACAAAUACUUGAGUAUGAAGAAGAGGAUGGUGAAACAGUUCAAGAAGUAUUUAUGGCAUCUUUUGUAUCAUUUGAUGGAAUUCCUUUGAAGAAAGGAGGUGAAGAAAUACCUGUCACUUCUGCAAAUAGAGAAGAAUAUGUGAAACUUCACAUGGAUUAUAUCUUGAACAAGUCUGUGGAAAGGCAAUUCCGUGCCUUCCAAAGAGGCUUUUCAAAAGCUUGCUCUGGUAAGAUUUUUGAUAUUUUCAGACCUGAGGAACUCAUGGAAAUGGUAGUUGGUGAACAAGAUUUUAGUUGGGAAGAAGUGAAAGCGUCCAUGAAUGUUUCUUUACUGUCAGAUGAAUUUAGUGAAGUGUGCGAAUGGUUUUGGGAAGUACUGCUUAGUUUUGAGGAUGAAGAGAAAGAGCAGUUUCUCAUUUUUUUGACCGCUUCAAACAAGGUGCCUGUAUCUGGAUUCGAAUUUAAGAUCCAGAGGAUUGAAGCUAAUGAUAAGGUAUUGCCUAUUGCCAUGACCUGUUAUAAUAUUCUUCAAUUACCAGUUUAUUCAAGUAAAGAAGUUUUGGAAGAUCGGUUAAAAUUGGCAAUUCAAUGCAAAGGAUUUCAUUUAAAGUGACUGAUGCCAAUUCCAAGAUGAUAUUUAUGGAUUAUUAUAAUUUGUUCAUGUUCAUGUAUAUUUAUCUGAUUUGAACAUGAAGAAUGUCUGAGAAUAGAUAUUGUUACUAAGGUUGAAACUUGCAGUACGGUGUAAAAGAUAGUUUCAGAAAUAACUAGCAUAUACAUGUAAUAGGCCUACCACAUUAUUAUUAUCUAUGAAUGUCUUGUACCCACCAAUUUAUGUGAUGUGUAAUUUCCUUUGUUUGUUAUUUGCGCUGCAAAAUGAUAUUUCAGUAUAAUUUAUGUAUGUAUUGUAUGUUGUAAGGAAAUGGAAUGUGUUGCGUUUAUUACAAACUGCAAAUAUGCUUACCGGUAUGUUUCUUCCAUGUUAUUGGCUAUUCAAAUAAUCAAAUUACUUUAAAAAAAAAAACAGCAGUUGCGUUGAUAAAAAUCUACAUAGUUAGAAUGAAUUGAGUUUUGUUGAAUAAACUCUCAUGGCACUUUUGGUGUUGAUAGGAAAAAAAUUGUCUCAUAUUAUAUUCACUGUUAAAUUUAUUGUGAUACCUGCACAUAUAUCAUGUUUCUUAACUAAUAACCGCAACUCCGUAAUAUAUUCAUUGUUUUAUUCCUUCUUUAUUUCAACACUUUGAUUAUUUUGGGUGUUUUCUGAUUAUGAAGCAUUUUUAUUAUAUCUAUAUUUUUAGUAUCUUGAUCAAUAAAUCUAAUUCUGAUUUUAUGAAUAUGAGCUACAUAAACAGUGCUUCAGUUUUCUUACAUAAAAAGCUGUGCUGUGGAGCAAGUAAAAUUUAGAAUCGACUCCUGAGUCGAAGAGUUGAAAAAAAAAAUUUGUCUUCAAUUCAAAUAUGUUCAAAAGUUCAACACUAUCUACUGCUCCAAAAUCAUAUGGUAGUCAUGUUCUGAUAAUAAAAACUUUAGCAAAUGCAAGUUUUCUUUUAUAGUCAACUUCAAUUUUUUUUUAAAUAGCCGACUCCUGUCUCCGGGGAGCUUGAAUAUAAGACUUUGACUCGACCAUAACAUGCCCUACUCGUACUCCACAGCCUACAUAUAAGUUUAUGGUAAUUUCUUGGUCACAUAAACAUAAAAAUAAUAUCUUGAUUCUGAUGAACUAAUCCAUUUAAUUCAACUUCUAAUUUUUUUGUUUUUAUCACUUACUUUUCUUUCAUAACAUUUGAAGUUUGCAAAGGAUUUUUUGAUUACCAUUGUUAAAUAUUCAAUUGUGCUUUGUAUUCAAAGUUUAAAAAUUUUGCAUUUUUUUUCAUUUUCUUAUUACCUUUUGUGGUCGUAUAUCAUCCAUCACAGCCCGCUUAGUUUCUUUAUUGUUAAUUAAAAUAAAGGGGUACCAAUUGUCAUCAAAAUUCAAUUGAAGUGGAUCCUAACCAUUCCUAAUAUUUUUAUUUUGCUUCUGUGACCUUAUCAACAUUAAAUCAAGUAUUUUGCCUGGUCAAAAAUGUGCCCUCAUGCUUUCUGAAAUUUAUCCCCAUAUUUGUGAUUCACAAAUUAUCGGUACCGGUAUGCAAAAAAAUAAUAUAUUUAUGGUUUAAUUAAGGAUAAACAGUUUGUUUGUUGCUUUGUUUUAAUAAUAUUUUGUCUCUAUAUAUUUUCUACGCUCCACUUCAAUAAAAUAGUUUUUAUACUGCUUAUGCCCAGUGGUGGGAUUCAAAUUUUUUGACACCCUGUUCCAUCACAAAAGUCAUAUUUUUCAGCCGGUUCUAUUACAAACAGAACAUUGACAGCAACCAGUAAUUCUAACCGGUUCGCUGAUCUCAUAAAAUUCCACGAGACGGUUCUACAGAACCGGUGCGAACCUGCUGAAUCCCACCACUGCUUAUGCCGUUGUAAUAGUUAUUCGUGUUUAUGACAUGCACUUGUACAAAUAUUCACUUAGUUAGUAAUUAGAGUUCUGCUUCAGAAAUCUACCCUACUAUACAACCAACCCAACCCUGUCUGAAAUAAUGCUAGUAUAAAAAUUUGACUGGUGUCGUAUAUUUGGGUCCUGGGUAUUAGUGUGCCUCAAUAGCUUCUAUUUUCAAGUAUUUUAAUUACUUUUUGUUAUAUUGUAUGAUCACUGGUUAUUGAAAGAAGCACUAUUUAGAAAUAGGCUCAAAACCAGGCUAUUUGUAUUGGUGUUCAUCAUUAUUUUCUUUUUGCUAUCUUUCUGUUAUGGAAGAAGCAAUGUUUUGAAUUUAUGUUUCUAUCUGUAUCAAGUAAAAUGAAAAUGUUAUAUUUUAU